AUGAACUUAAGAAACGGUGUAAAAAAGGUCAUACGAAGUUGUCCAGUGUGUAUCCGUUAUAAACAACAAAAUACACAGCAAUUAAUGGGAAUUCCUCCCGAUUAUCGCGUAAAAGUUUCAUUUCCAUUUUAUCAUUGUGGGAUUGAUUAUGCCGGACCGGUGUUAAUGAAGUUCUUUAAUGGUAGAGGACAAAGGUCGUUCAAAGGUUACAUAGCCGUAUUUAUUUGUAUGACAACCAGAGCAGUUCACUUGGAGGCGGUCAGUGGCCUCACCACGGAGGCAUUUAUGGCAGAGCUUAAACGAUUUUUUGCUAGAAGAGGGAGAAGUGCACAUUUAUAUUCCGACAAUGGGACUAAUUUUGAUGGUGCAGCCAGGAGUAUUGAGAAAGACUUUGUUCAAGCGGUUAGACAAAACGCCAAUCUAACAGAAACUUUGGAGAACCACCAAGUUAAGUGGCAUUUUAUUCCACCGGCAAGUCCUCACUUCGGAGGAUUGUGGGAGGCGGCCGUAAAAUUUAUGAAAUAUCACCUUAAAAGAAUCAUUGGAGAAACCAAAAUGACGUACGAGGAAAUGAGCACACUGUUAGCUCAAAUAGAGGCAGUAUUAAACUCAAGGCCUAUAUGCAGCAUGAAUGAAGAUGUUGAAGGAUUGGAGGUACUUACUCCUGGUCAUUUUUUGAUUGGACGACCGUUAAUAGAGGUUCCAGAGUCUAUUAACGAAAGGAAUAUGGGCUGCAUGGAUAGAUGGAAGCUAAUACAAAAAAUGAAGAAGCAUUUCUGGAACAGUUGGACGAACGAUUAUUUGACCACUCUACAACAGAGGUACAAAUGGAAAACAUCGACCAAAAAUCUUCUAGAAGGUCAAAUCGUUAUUAUAAAGAACGAAGAAACUCACCCCGCUAGGUGGCCUCUAGCGCGGAUUACUGAUGUACAUCCUGGAAAGGAUGGAUUGGUGCGGGCGGUGACGGUCAAGACUGCUUCCGGUUCAGUAAUUAGGCCAAUAAAUAAGAUAUGGCCAUUAGAGAACGUGCCUCCAGUUCAGGAAAGUCCGAAGGUAACUCGUGUAAACUAUACAAGAGUCGAUAAGAAAACACGGGUUGGAAUUUCAUAUAUUUGGGUGCUGCUUUUGAUGUAUAUUGGCUGUACUAAAUCGGAUCCUAUACGAAUUGGAGCCUCCCUGAAAGAAAUUAAGAACUCUGUCAUAAUUUACCUCGACCACAUCGGAUCUAUGGAUGUUGUCUCAUCUAAAUGGAAUCUGCUCGUUUAUUACGACAUGGAACAAUUUUUGUGGCGUUAUUGA